AUGGGUGGCUAUAACGAGGAGUACUUAUUCGGCCGGAACGAUCCAUUCCUGAUCCGUACUGCGGCUGUCAUUUCAGUCAUUUUUAUCUUUGUUGAGCUUUACUUACGUCUAAUGACAAAAGCUGUUUACACAUUUAUCAGUGAGACAAAACGAUUUAGAAUUGCAUUAGAUAAUUCAAGAUGGCGUUAUCGUAAACGUGUUUAUUUCUCGUAUUGUUCGAUAAUGCAACAAAGUUUGUCAAGUUUAGCUAAAACACAAAGUAUUCCAAAGACCGAAGAUAUGAUGGAUGUGACACGUAAAUUAACCUUAUCAUCAUCAGUAAUCAAUAAUCAAAGUGAUAAGCGUGAAGUUGUUGAUGAAAUGUGCCAAACUACCAAUGAACGAAGAAUUUUGCGAAGCCCCAAACCGAUUCGUUAUAGUUGUCGAACGACACGUAACUCACGUCAACGACAACAAAUGAUUCAACGCAAAGAAAGUCGUUCACGUUCACGUACUAAUCAAGCAGGUGUAGCUCUACUGGAAGGUAAUAGUAACAGUGCAGGUGUGACAUUUUACAUUGGCAUGCAAUUAAAUUCGAAAUAUCUUCAAAAGCUUCGUGAAGGUAAUUUGGAAGAUGUCACCAUACCAUUAAUUACUGCUAAACAACAUCGUCAACAACGUUAUCAUCGACGAUGUCAAUCAUUAAAUGAUAAUGAACGUUGA